AUGCCGACUGCCGAGCCUCGCUCCUCGUUGUGGCCAGCUGGAGUCGUGCCACUUGUUGGUGCUGAUGCAGAGGAAGAUCGAAUCGAGUUAGAGGCAUGGUGUCGAAGAUUCUUCGAAGAGUGUGAAGCCAGUGCUGCUGGCUCUGAGUACGGAGGGUCAGAUGCCGAGUCGCUCUUGAGCAACGCGCCUUCCACCACGACGAAGGCCGAGCACCACGGUGCACGCCGUCGCCGAUGGAAGGCUGUAGCAGUUGCAGCUGCGUUAUUCAUGGUAGCGCUGCUCGUGGCUUGGAUGGUUUGGAAGCAAGGAGGUGUGUCGAAGCACAUGUCCCAGGCAAAAGAGCAGAUCCAUGCAACUCCGGAAUUGCAAGACUCUUUCGAAAAUUGGUUCGUUCAACCUCGUCGGCCAGAGUCAACCUCAGCAACGACGACACCAUCAUCAUCUGUGCAGCAGCAGCAGCAUCAAGAGUCCACCAAGCCAAGCACACAGAUGCCCACGACCGUUGGAGGUGUAACUUCUGCAGCGGCCACCACUGAUACAACUACUUUCUUGACAUCUACAACUGCACCCGAAGUUUGCGCUGAACUGGGAGAAGGUCGUUUUCCCGCGGUGCCUGCUGGCGACAAAUAUGUCAAUCAGUACGACCCGCACAAUCAAUUGAGGAUAGCAGCUGAUCCGUGCAGAAGCAACAACUACUUCAUAGUCAUCGGUGAUUGGGGAAAGGCUUUAGAUGCCGGGGGGCCUGGCAGUUGCCAGCUGAAAGUGGCAGAUUUGGUGAAGAGCUAUGUCCGAGCACAAAGACAGGCCGGCAAGACUUUGCUCUUCAUUGCUUCAGUUGGAGACAACUUCUAUUGGACUGGGGUCACGCCAGAGGCAUGGAAAGUGGCCUGGGCCGAGCCAUAUGGCGUCAAUGAUCAGGCCUCACCGCUCUUUCAGGUUCCCUGGCUGGCAGUCUAUGGCAACCACGAUUUUGGUAGCCAUGAUCCAUAUGCGUUUUGUCCACAUGUACAGCCGAAGCAUAUUCUGGGCUUUCAGGCUUACUCGGGCAAUCAACUCAACAAGGAUCGCAAUCCCCAUCGCCCAGAGUGGACAAGGCAGUUCUGGCUUCCCGACUACAACUAUCACUACGAGAUCCCAGAUGCCGACUUGGAGGUCAUUGCGGUUGACACAAAUGGCGCGGUGGAUGCCAACGGCCAGCUCCUAAUGGAUGGCGCGAUUGGCGGAGACGCGAGAGGUCGGCGGUGUGCUGACCAUCUUUGCGGAGGUCACAACGUUUCCCAAGACUUCUUGCGCAAAGUCGCAAAAGCUGGUCAAGAACUCGUAAAAGAGCGGGCCAAGAAGAACACCGUUGGCACAGUUCUGCUCAUCCAGCACUAUCCGGGCCUUUGCCCGCGAGCCAUUUUUGAAUUAGCGCUACCGCCUCAACGCAGAGGGAAGGACUUACAACAUGUAAGAAUACAGGCUUCCGGCAAUCGGAAGGAUUGGCAGACGUUGUAUGUGACGGAGACUGCCAUGUUGCGUCAGUACCUCAAUGAGGCUCCUGACAAGAAGUCUUGGAAGCCUCCGCUGAGCUCGUGCCGAAUUGGCUUCAAUGACAAGGGAGUCUUCCUGCAUGAGGAUCAUGUCAAGCGAUAUUUUGGUUUGCUCGAGAGUGCUGCACGACAUCUGGUGCCUGCAGUUGAGACACAAGAGGCAAUCCCAAAGUAUUACCGAAGCCAGAAUUGCCACGAAAUGAUGGACUCCCUUGCGGCCAAGGUGCAAACAGUUACUGACGACAUGAGGAAGCAGGUGGUGCAGUCUACAUUCCGGGCUGCUGACACCAAUGGCAAUGGCACCCUCAGCAGGCACGAGAUUGGUUCGCUCAUGCGGCGGCUUGCGGUGUCGGUGACGGCUCAGGAGAUAGACACCUUGAUGAAGGAGGCCGAUGUGAAUCGGGAUGAUCAGAUUGACUACGAAGAAUUCGCGACCUGGAUGCUGAUAACCAGACGCGGGUUGAUCAGCGCCAAGUUGACGGAGGAUCUAGGCAGUGCCGCCGAUGUCGUCAGGGCAUCAUUCCGAGUCUGGGAUUCCAACGGCAAUGGCUUGAUUUCCAAGGCAGAAGUCCGGAAGUUGUUGCUGCAAGCAUGCAAGAUGAAUGCAAAGGAUGUUGAGAUUCUGGCAGAAGUCAUGGACACCGAUGACGAUGGUCAGAUCGACUACGACGAGUUUGUAAAGGUCAUCUGCGCCUACGGCCAUGUCCAUGAUCAAAAUUGCGAUGUGAGGGACGAGAAUGGCCUUUGCAUCGAGAUCCUGUCUGGUGGCGGAGGUGGUUGUUGUGGCGCUGAGGUAAACCAGGCUGGCUUCAGCGUGGUGCACUUGGAUGACCGCGGCGGAGUGGCUUCAGUCGAUGUUGAAAGCCCAGAGGUGCUUGUGCCGCUCCAUUCAUGCAUUUGGUAG